AUGAGCCCCAUGGGUAUCUGGCUGCGACUGCAUCGUCUGGUAAACACUGCCAACGACUACGACCUGCCGUUCUCCGCUUCCCAGCUCCAUUUCCAGCGGCGCUCGGUGCAGGGAACGUGGAACCCAUGGCUGUGGCACUAUGAAACUGAGAGGCGGCGCACAGAGGCACCACAGUGGCGCCGAAAACUUUCCGAGGAGGAGUGGGACUAUUACGUGGAUCAGUACAGUGCACAGAUGAAGCAAGAGGAGGAGGCGAUUCAGCAACGCGUGUCUGAGCACACAGAGAUACCUGAGCAGAGUGCCAGGGAGGUCCAGGAGCGGUGGAAGCAGCACGUUCUGCCGCGGCUGCAGACGGAUCUGGAGUUUAACCUCUCCCACUUCAAGCGGCAGCAUGCACGAGGGCAGCGGCCUGAACCAGUGACGAUGGGAGAGUACAAGCUCUUUUCCGUGCCUGACCACCGUGAGCUUGGGCAGGAUGCGGUGGACAUGAUGCGGCGAAGAGAAGCAAGGCAUCAGGAAGAGUGGUGGCGACAUCGCAAGGAACAAUUGAAGGCACCGAAGUGA